GAGAAGUAAAAAUAAAAAAGUAUGUAGGUUGACGCCUUUCACUUCUGAAAUUCCUGAUGAAAGCAAGUUGCUGGAAGCAGCGAAGACGUGUUCAUUUAUAAUAAUGACGAUGAGACAGUCUUCAUCGUGUGCUUGGUCGAGGAAGUGGCUUUAUUUUGAAAGAAGCCUUCCAGAACGCGAAUAUAAAAAAACUACCUUAUUUCACGUGACUUUUCAUCGCAAAGAUGACAAUCGGUGCUUUUCGCGCCGGUGGUGUUUCCGAUAAAUCGUUUGAAUCUUUUUCUCAAUACGUAUGGGAACACGAUACUUGAAAACAUUUUGUUUUUCAUUCUAACGCUGUUUAAUAUCGACCAAAUUUCGUAAUAAAUCUGUAUGCAGUGUAUUUAGUAUUUGUUUACAUUUGUAUUGUUUUCAAACGUCACGUGCACUCUGCGAGUGUAUACUGCCAACAGUUGUACUAUUAGACAAACCGGUUCUAUUUGCGUUUAUUUUUAACCAGAUAAGAACAAUCGGAAAAGAAUGAUAUAAACCAAUAUUCAUUUUUCUGGUAUGAAUCGGUGAAAAAAAUUGAAGAUUCAAUCGAAAAUUCUUUAAAAUUCGGAUACAAAUCAAGUGGAAAUCUACAAAAUGUGUAUUCACAAAAAAAUUUAUUGAAUCGAAUAAAAAUUGUUUUCGUACACCUUUUUUGUACCAUUUAUUAAAACAAUGGAAGUGAAACAAAGAUUGAGCACCAUUUCCAGAGAAAAAAGCAAAGUGGAAAUAAUAGAAAAUGGGAAAGAAAAUAAUUCAAAAAUGGUAUUUGUUGUAUUUUAUUCGUUGAUAUUGGAUCUGCUGGCUUUUACAAUGAUUCUGCCACUACUGCCUGCAAUCUUGGAACACUACAAAGAAUUGGAUGGAGAUCUUUACAAUUGGAUUCUGGACAAAAUUCAAUUCAUUCAAGUGUAUGUUGAUGCACCAGAGAGAUUCAGCUCUGUACUUUUUGGUGGUUUUCUGGGUUCGAUGUACAGUUUUCUCCAAUUCGUUGGGAUGCCCAUAGUCGGUGCUCUUUCUGACGUGUAUGGAAGGAAACCCUUGAUGCUAUUGUGCCUUUUGGGCAUAGCUUUCUCGUACCUGCUCUGGGCACUUUCGCACAACUUUGCAAUGUUCGUUUUGGCCCGCUUUGUCGGUGGUAUCAGCAAGGGUAAUAUCAGUUUAUCCAUGGCUGUCAUUAGUGAUGUUACCUCUGAAAAAACCCGAGGAAAAUCAAUGGCUCUCGUAGGCAUCGCAUUCUCAAUAGGAUUCGUCAUUGGGCCAAUGAUCGGUGUUAUAUUUUCACGUUUUUCGGGGGGCGAUUCACGGGCAGACAACUGGUAUAUUUAUCCAGCUAUGUUCGCCUUUCUCCUCGCCCUGGGCGAUCUCGCUUACGUCGCUUUUUGCCUCGAAGAAACUUUGCCCCCAGAAAGGAGAGCAAAAUCUUUGCGACGCGGUGUGUCAGGAGCUAUCACUUACAUCAAUCCCGUUGAUUUAUUCCAAUUCAAUGGAGUCACGGGUCUUGCAGAUCGAGAACUGCAGACUCUGAGGACCCUCGGACGCUCGUAUUUUUUAUAUCUAUUCGUUUACAGUGGAUUAGAAUUCACUUUGACAUUUUUGACUCAUCAUACAUUUGGAUUUACGAGCAUGCAACAAGGCUGGAUGUUCCUUGGAAUCGGUUUGACCAUGGCGAUUUUACAAGGUCAUUUCGUACGACGAAUACCCGCAGAAAAGACAACAUUUUUUGCUGAAUUGGGCCUGUGGCUCGUCGUACCAGCAUUUAUUUUCAUUGGAAUUGCGUCUGGAUUAACUUCCUUGUACUUCGGUAUAUUUAUCUUCUCCGUGUCUACAGCACUGGCAGUGACUUGCAUGAUGACUCUGGUAACGAGGGUCGGUCCUGAAAAUCAAAAGGGCACAAUAACAGGAAUUUUCCGAUCACUCGGAGCGUUGGCUCGUGCCUGUGGUCCAAUCGUAGCUUCGAUAGCAUUUUGGAGCAUUGGAAGUUCCACGACUUACCUAAUUGGUGCCUCCGUUCUUGCUUUUCCGCCUAUCAUUCUUUGUGGUAUCAAAGAAUACGAAGCGACCAAGUCUUGAUUUUGUUUCCACAAAAAUUUGAGAAAAUUAUUUGGUUACGUGAUCGUUUGUUAAAACGAGGUUCUUCGUUACAAGAACCAGUACUUUGACAUUCAAGCUUUAUACAUUGUCAUUAGUUCUUCCUAGUUCAAAGCUUCUUCGUUAUUCUUACAUAGUAUUAUUGAUUAUAAGCUCCAAGCAUAAAUUAUAUCGAAUCUACUACAGACUUAUACUUUUUCUAUAUUUUAUACGAUUUUUUAUAUUACACAAACUCUCUCAAAGUUUGUGAAAAUAUUGUUACGUACUAAGGAAAUCAAACCUUCGAUAAAUUUUCUAUUCGAUUUUUGUCUACUUUACAAUUUGCAAAGAGGCUGAAUUAUUGUAGUUUAGUCAAGAUCAAAAGCAGUCUUAAGAUCAACAAGCAUUUUUUCGAUAGAUAUUAAAAGUGUUGUUGAUUGAUCAAUCAUCUAUUUUUUAGUCAAUUUUACACAAAUUUAUGCAAUAAGAGUCGACAUCGGAGUGUUGAGAAACUACAUGUAGCUCGUAACUGCCUUUAUAGGCGAUUAUCUUUGACAGUAAACAUUACUUCUCGUGUUCCUUUAAUAGAGACCUGGAUUAUAGAAUUACUUAGUUAGGCAUUGCAAUUAUUUCGAUCAUUACGAUCAUUACUAUUGAAAAAUACAAUAUUUUUUGUGUUUCGUGAAAACACGUAUCAAAUUGGCGGCAUCAUUCAUUUUUGAAGCAUAUCAAACAUUUUUCGAGUUUUUUCAGACGUAAUUUUAUUGAUGAUUAAAGCUGAUAUUUUUGUGAUGGCUAGGUCCCAUAUCUUCGAAAAAAUGUUUAUUCGAGGAUACACACUAUGAUAAUUAUAAAUAUUUAUUUUUGUAUUCAGUAAAAGUCUAAAAAGUUUGAACGACAAAAAUUUUUUCUAGAGGAUACAGAGAAAAAAAGUCGAAGUGACCCAACAUAUGUUGUUGAACUUUAUAUUAUAGAAUUCUAACCUUUAACUCUGUAAUUUGAAAUAUCUACGUUAAUAUAUUUUCUGAACAAAUAAAAUGAAAUUUAGUUUCUA